GCAUUGAUUACAUUAUAAUUGUUAGCUUCCUCAAGGCAGGACAGAACGGUGCAAAGUUCGGCUCACAGAUCACACCUUAGAGCUCCAGAGUAAGGCGGUGGCCGACAGCAAAUAAAACUAAAAAGCUGAACUGAAGCUGACGUGUGAGCGAGCAAUCCGGUGUCUCAGAGCCAGCGGGCCCGGGUGCUCACUGGAGCUCUGGGUGCGUGGAGGGGCAGGUCUUAUUAGCCAACACUCGGCUUACGGUACUUUCCUAAAAAAAAAAAACAAAUCGAGAAAAACCUGUUGAUCCAUUGCGAUGAAGACAAGCCACUUGUCAUAGCUUGCUCGAUGUUCUUCCUAAUUUCUCAGGGGAAUGAGCCGCUCUUCAGACAGGAAUCGAGCCGGAGUGAUCGUGCUGCCCGAGUUUCUACUCGCCUAUCACUUCCUUCCACCCUCGGUUCUCGCCUCUCGCCUUAGUUCCCUGUCAGCCUAGGCGCUGAUUUGUGCUGAACUGACACGGCGAAACUGUGCGGUCUUUCCUCCUUCUCCUCCUCUUCCUCUUGAAUGAGAGACGACCCGUCCGAACUGGACCCGACGCCAGCCGGCUGUGGAGGAGAAAAACAGCAGCCGUAUAAAAGCUGCAAGACGCGCGGCGGGCGCCAGCGCCGGGCUGAGCCGCGGAGGGCCAGAGAGAGAGACACAGAGACGCGGCGACAUGGCGGAAAACAAGACGGGCGGCGCAGCGGGCAUCUUCGCCAAGCGGGUCCAGAAGCAGCUGAGCCGGGCGCAGGAGAAGGUCCUGCAGAGGCUGGGGAAGACUGUGGAGACGAAGGACGAGCAGUUUGAGCAGUGUUCCCAGAACCUGAGCAAGCAGCAGAGCGACGGCAGCAAGCUGUACAAAGAUGUGAAGGCGUACUUCAAUGCAGUGAAAGUGAUGCACGAGACGUCCAAAAGACUGUCCCAGACCCUCAAAGACGUGUACGAGCCCGACUGGCAGGGAGGAGAGGAGCUGACCGUCAUCAUGGAGAGCGAGGACCUGCUGUGGAAUGACUAUGAAGAAAAGCUGGCGGACCAGACUGUCCGCACUAUGGAGACCUACAUGAGCCAGUUCCCCGACCUCAAGGAACGAGUGGCCAAGCGCGGCAGGAAGCUGGUGGACUACGACAGCGCCCGGCACCACCUGGAGGCGCUGCAGAACACCAAGAAGAAAGACGAAGCCAAGAUGGCCAAGGCAGAGGAGGAGUUCAACAAAGCGCAGAGCGUUUUCGAAGAGAUUAACAACGAGCUGAGGGAGGAGCUGCCCGCGGUCUAUCACAGCCGAAUUGGAUGCUAUGUGACGGUGUUCCAGAACAUUUCCAAUCUGAGAGAUGUUUUCUACAAAGAGAUGAGCAAGCUGAACCAUGAGCUGUACAACGUGAUGACGAAACUGGAGAACCAGCACUCUGAUAAGGUCUUCAUUAUCAAAGGCGUGACCAGCAAGAGACGCUCUCUGAUGAUCUCCGCCCCGAUUCCCUGCAACACCGCCUUCCCGCCGGCUGAGAGCAGUCUGAAUGAGAACGCCACCCCCCACCCCGCCCAGAACGGCAAGGAGACCGACUCGGCCGGCACGGAGGCGGAGACGGCAGGAGCCAAUGAAAUGUCAGUGCCGGGCGAGGAGCAGGCCAAUGGGAGCGCGCCGGCCUCUAAGGCCCCUCCCCCUGAUGACACGCCCCCAGAGGGCAGGGAAUCUGAGGCAGAUCUCGGCAGCAGAGCUGAAGCAGGUGAGGACUCUGCAGAAGAGGAGUCUGGCGAGCAUCAGGUGGGCGGUCCGGCUGAGGCCGCAGAGGAGUCCGGUGGACACCAGGCGGACAAGUCUGCGCCUGCUGAAGAUGCGCCUAAGGAGACGGCUUCUUCUCAAGACGAGCCGACAGGCAGCGCCUCUGGAGACACAGCUCCUGUUGGAAGUGACCAGCCCGCCAUCGAUCCUGCCACAGCCUCCGAUUCCUCCCCCUCCUUGUCCAGGACUGAGCAGGAGGAGGGGGAGGAGGCUGACUCAACUCCCGAUGCCCAGGAGUCCGCUCCCACUGCCUCACCGGAGCACACUCCGGAGGGGUCUCCGGAGGGGUCUCCGGAGGGGUCUCCGGAGGGGUCUCCCGAGGGGUCUCUCGAGGGGUCUCCUGAUGCUCCGGAUCCCGAACGGAUGCAGGCCGAGGAAUUGGAAAGCCCUGCCUCUCCUGAUCCUGAGAACGACAGCCCCCACGAGGCCGGUGAAGGAGCGGGAGAUCUUCCUCCGGGAUUUCUGUACAAGGCCGUGGCCCUGAAGGACCACCUGACAGAGGAGGCUGGGCAACUGCUUUUUCAGGAGGGAGAGAUCAUUCUCGUCAUCGCUGACGCAGAGCAGAGGCCUGAAGGUACGGCGACAGGGGUGAAGGAGAGAGACUGGCUUCAGCACAGGAACCCCUCGGAUCACAAAGGAACAUUUCCAGAAUCCCUGAUUGAGCGAGCCGACCCAUCUCCGCAAGACUGAGCUCUCCUCCGACUGGCCGAAUAGUCAUCGUCCCCCUUGAACACGGCACGCAGGGCAAAGCCAGUUGAAACGAACGUCUCCCAAGCACAUUUGGAUUGCCAGUUGUUUUUUUUAAUUUGGCUUGAAGCAGCAAGUCAGCGGGAUGACCUCCAGUGAUGUAACGGUAUUGUGCGUUCUGCAUUCAGGUCCGGCCUGCAGCACCAAGCCUAGCCACCAGAUCCUGGGUUGUUGGUGCCUCAUCUGUUUUGUGCUUUGUGUUGUGCCAUCAGCUCAACAUUUAUUAGUACUAGCUCAACUAAGACAUCUCAGUGCUGCGUUUGAAGAAACAUACCUGUGUUGUGCUUCAAUAGAUCUGACAUUGCAGUGCUGUUUUCUGUGCUGUCUAACCUCUGAGCAAAAGUGCUCUCCAGCAGGAAUUAUAAUUCUCAGGUAGAAACCUUAAUUCCAUGUUUUUAUAAACUCACAAAUCAUCUUAUGACAGGUUAAUCAAACAGCAGUCUAUUCUAAUGCAGGUCUUUGUGUUAACACAUAACCUUAGCCAAACACAUCUUCAAUUUUACAGAAUUGAAUCAGUUUUUAAUUAAACAGUCACAGAUUUGGAUGCUGCAGAAUCCUACAGAAGACCGCUUAUUUGACAACCCCCGAUCCAAAAUAUUUCUGUCAUUCACACUACAUCAAUACUGGCAAAGGCAUACCUGUACAGUGUAGCACUGCCUUCUCUCUUUUUAUUAAGAAAUUGUUACAAGGCAGCAACAGGUCAUAGCAGCAGAAGCUGAAAACUGAAAAGGAAAGGUUUCUCAUCCUGCCAUGCGUUCAGGUGGUCCCAAUUUUGCUUUUGCCUUGUCAGCUGUUUCCUCACAGCUCGAUAUGGCUCCCUCUGCCUGUCUGAACACAGCCCUCUCGCAUGGCUGGCUUUGCUGGCUCCCAGUCCUGCGUGAUUUCCAGACCUGAGCCAGCUCAGGUGCGCUAUAGACAUUUAACACUGCUGCCCCUCACACGCUGAUAUACCUCUCGGAUUUCCUGCUGAGCUAAUGCGUUGCUGGUGAAUCAUAACCGGCAUGCAGUGCGGCUAUACUGGACAACACUGGCAGGACCCCUUGCCUGGGCCAUGUGUACACCUUGGGGCAUACAGUGAGAGACACCAUGCCCCCAUUCAAGAUUCCCAUACAGGCCUGGAGGGAUCCAGUCUUCCCACGAUGCCUCCUUGCCCCGUGGCAAUGAGAUCAACCGUGCACCUGACCAUCUGAGACGGGCCCCACAUCUUGCUCAAUGCUAACCCUGCCUGGGUUCUCCCAGUUGUGCACUGCCGUAUGGAGAAUCCCAGUCCAGUAGCAUAUCGGAGCAAGGAUUAAAGUCAGGAUCUUCAAGGUUAAAUCGAAUAAUUAGGUGUUUGAUUGGGCAGUGUGUUGGUGUGGCAGUGGGCACUGCUGCCUCAGCUCCUUGCUCGAAUCCGGUCUUGGUGUGUGUGUGGAGUUUGCAUGUUCUCGCAAGGAGGUCACGUACUCUCACACCACCCGCAGACGGCGUUGGCCACGUUUGAGCCGUCAUCCUGAACUGUCUUUUUCUCCGUGACCCUGAGAUAGGACACGGCUGUCCAUUCGGGGAGGGCCGUCGUAUUCGGUCAGACACAAAUGAUGAACUCGCAAAAGCUGUCAGCUCAAACAAACUGGUUUAUACAGCCAGUCCCAAAUUUUUCAGCAUGAAAUUACAGGCAACGAGUCGAGAGUCUUGCUAAUUUUUACCAGUGAGAUCCUUGUUGCAUUAAAUUUGCUUUCCAUCAACAUUUAGCUACUCACGGCCUCACAGGCCAUAUGGACUGAAAGGCCUUCUCUAAUUCAAUAAGAACUUUUCAUAUGUUAACAGAUAAUCUUAAACUCUUUCCUAAUAUGAUUUACAUGAAGAGAUUAUCCAAAUAAGUAUAAUGGCAACUGGAUGUUUAUUCUACUAACAAAACCAAUAUGGGAGCAUACAUCCUGAUGAAAGCAGUAAUUAGGGUUGAAUCUUAAGAUCGUGGCUCCUCUCAAACCAAAACCAUUUUCAGGUCACGGAUAAGGUUUUAAAGAGCUGCCUGUCACAAUGUAUGGACCAUGCCAAGUGGCGGACACUAGGACUCCUUGUCGGUGCAGAACUACUGUACAAUACAUAGUUUCAUUCGUCUUUUACCUCUCCAAAUCAGAUGGUAGAAAAUGCUGUGUGAAUGUUCACUUAAGUGUUGCAUGACUUAAGGUACUGGGUUUUUGGGCAAGAAACAUUUUUUGAGGUUGGACCUCGAAGCAUAUGUCUCUGUUCACCUUUCCAUAACGGGGGUAAUGAGUUUUUGUGAGGAUCAGGAGAAUUUUUUCGAGGAUCGUGACUCUUUAAAACCAUCUCCAGAGAAGUUGCCGAAGGCUUAUCUGUUUAGCACUGCCAGCACUGCCAAGAUACACAAGAUACUCCCACAGCUGCUGUACUGCAUAUCCUGCUAGCUCAUGUUUGCCUGAGAAAGUCUUAUCUAACAACAGGAGGUUUGCCCCUUUCUCUGGCACAGGGUAUAUUAUUCUCUCUGCUCUGUGCUGGGGCUGAAACAGGAAUGUAAAACAUUUCAAUUCAUGUGUACUGAAAAA